AUGGUCACAGUUCUUUUAUUGUUCUGUUUGGUGGGCCUUCACAUUCAGAUAAUCAACGCUUCCUGUAGUGUUCCACUUGGUUUAAGUACAGGUGAAAUAAAAGAUUGGCAAAUAACAGCGAGUAGUGUUGAUGAACAGCGUAAAGAACAAUGUCAAGCAAAUUUUCUUCGUCUCUAUUCCAAUGUUAAUGAUCGUGCUUGGUGUCCGCGAACCAAUCAACCACAUCAAUGGAUUCAAAUUGAUCUUGGCACCCCAACAAAAUUUCAUGGCUUCAUAACACAAGGUCGGCCAGGUUCGGGAGAGUGGAUUACCGCUCUUCUCAUAUCUCAUAGUCUUGAUUACUAUCAAUGGAAUUAUAUAACCGACACUGAAGGUAAUCAAAAGAUCUUCACAGGCAAUCAAGAUGCCGUGUCUGUUCGAUACCAAUACUUUCAAACACCGUUCUAUGCGCGAUUCAUUCGUUUUCAUAUUGUUUCAUGGAAUUUACGUCCAAGUCUUCGAUUAGAACUCGUCGGAUGUCAAGAAUGUAAUAAACCGUUGGUGUACCUUCCCUAUACUCGUUUUUCAGCAUCAUCGUCAGUUCCAACUCGCUAUCGUGCAACAUGUCAACCACGUGAUGCUUUUCUGCUGAGUAAUAAAGGAUGGUGUGCACGAUACAAACAAGUGAAAGAUAAUUGGUUACAAAUCGAUAUUGGCCAUCCGACACGUGUUACAGCAUUGAUAACUAAAGGUCGUGGUGAUCAUGGUGAACAAUGGGUAACCAAGUAUACAGUUGCUUUUUCCAAUGAUACGCGUUUAUGGAUUUAUUAUAAUGAUGUGCAACGAACAGAGCCCAAAAUAUUCAGCGGUAAUUAUGAUAAAUCACUUGAACGUGUUCAUUAUCUGAAUCAACCAUUCACGGCACGAUUUGUACGAUUUUUUCCUAAAGAAUGGAACGGAAGAUUAUCGAUGCGUGCUGGACUUCUUGGAUGUCCACAUGAUGGCUCUUGCUGUCUUGGGUAUUUUCGUGUUCGACCUGAAACACCAUGUGUGGAGAAUCUCGCACAUCGAAAACGAAUUAUACUCAAUGAUCUGGUCCCUGCGUCAAUUUACUCUCCUCAACAAACAUUUUUAUCUUAUUUGAUUGACGGUUAUACUGCUCCCAGUCGUUGUGCAACGAUUGAUUCUACACGUUGUCGAAAUAAUGAACCACAUAUUAUCAUUGAUCUCAAUCGAAAUUAUCACGUACACGGCGUUGUCAUCCAUCAACUUGAUUCAUUUUCACAUUUAUCUCAAGAUGAUUACAUAUCUCGAUUUCAGCUUGAUCGAAUUGUUGUUUAUAUAACGCGUGAUAUUCACCUUGAUCCUGACCAAUUAACUACAUCACAAUGUUCGUUUGUGACACGGACAGAUUAUAGUACUCUAUCCCAAUGUUUACAUCUUCAGUGUGAAAGUCCCAUUAUAGGUCGAUAUAUUCAUAUACAACUAUUUGGAAUCAAAACAGUGAGUAAUCGGACGCAAACAAGAUUUUCCUUGCCGUUUAAAGCCCAUUUUUGUGAAAUAUAUGCUUAUAACUAA